AUGCCCUCAGUCUGGUCUUCCUCCAGCCGGCGACUGAUGCUUAACAAGCGCUUCAGUCGCAUGGCCAUCGCUGGUCUUUGCACCAUCAUCUUCCUCAUCCUCGUCUUUUGGGGGGCUAUUCACGGUAGCUAUGGCGUGUCCGAAUACUACUCCUUCUCCACGACGAGUUCCUUCUAUCCCGUAUCCGUCGAUCCCGAAGGCAAGACGACACAGGAUCUUUGCGCUAGCUUUCCCAAGCACAUGCUACAGACAAUACAGCCUGUUCUGAAGAUGGGCCAUGCCGACACGAAAGAUAGACUUGACGCUCAGUUCGACAGCGUUAGUGCCUGCUUUGGCAAGGACGAAUUGCUCGUCUACUCCGACCUUGACGAGGCAGUACACGGCCACCAGGCAAUCGAUGUCCUCGCCGAUCUACCCGCCAUUUACUACAACGACAACCCCGACUUCCAAAAUUAUCUAUGGCAAAAGGAAAUGCGGGCAAAUGGUACAUUGGACGUGGAUAAGGAGGCAACUGCGCGCAUCCAAGGAUGGAGGAUGGACAAGUUCAAGUUCCUGCCCAUGAUCGAGCGUGCGUGGAAAAUGAAGCCCAACAAGGACUUUUACUUCUUUUUCGAAACCGAUACUUACGUCUUCUGGGACAACGCUUUCCGCUUCCUCCAAACCUUCGAUCCCGAUGCGCCGCUCUAUAUGGGUUCUCCCUCGCCGGGUAGGCACGACGUUAAACAAGACAUAAGGACAUGGUUCGCCAACGGCGGGCCCGGGUUUGUGCUCAGCCGUGGCGCAAUGAGGGCACUCCUUGUUCGUAAGACAACGCCCUACGGCCAGUACGUCGAGCCCCCGGCUGCGGAGAAGUGGCUUCCCAUGCUACGGGACGAUUGCUGCGGUGACAGCGUAACGGGCUGGGCUCUGUGGAACGUCAGUGUGCCGCUGCGGGGAUACUGGCCGCUGUUCAACCCGCAUCCUCUGCACAGCAUCCCGUUCAGCGACAGGUACUGGUGUCAACCUGUCAUGACGCUACACAAGACGCGACCGGAGGACAUGGUCAACGUAUGGCGGUGGGAGUUUGCCCAAAGACAGCUCGGGCGCCCGCUCCUCUACUCUGAUGUUUGGAAAUUCCACCACCCAGGCGAUCGCGAGAUUGCCGAGAACUGGGACAAUGGUAAAUGGGACUUUUGGGUCGCGCCACCCGAGGCAAGAAUUGACUCAUUCGAAGCCUGCCAAAAACACUGCAAAGAGAGCAGUGAUUGUCUACAGUACAAUUGGAGAGGACGAGAUGAGCAAAAAUGUGUUCUCUCGUGGUCUUUCCGACUCGGCGAGCCAAGACAGGCCGAGAAGAUCAUUGAGCCCGAGGUCAAAGACGACAAGGGCAAUGUUAUUCCCCCACCACCGGAUCGUAAAGAUCGAUGGGUGGACUUCAAGUCAGGAUGGCUCACCGAUAGGAUUGAGCAAUGGAAGCAGAACAGGAAUUGCUCAGAGGUUCAAUGGGUGAGACCUAGUAUCAAGAGAAUUUUCUGA